UAACUUGGGUAUCGUCUUUAUGUGUGUCCGGCACUGAUUAGAGGGUUCUCCCUUAUCGCAUGCUACAUAUACAUAUAUUCUCAGCAACUUCUUGGGACUACCUUUGAGAAUAUGCUGACGAAGGCAGAUGUCGAACCGAAAAGCGCAGCGAAAAUUCAACUAGUGGACAUAUCUGAGAAUAAUGAAAUAUAAGCGACUGAUUACACACGAGUGGCAGUUUAUUUUCGUAUUGACUUUAAUAUACAUUUUAGAGAGUGUUCAUUCAGUCCCACCGAACAGCAGAAGCCGGAGCACACGCGAACCGCUAAAGGCGAGAGCCCAUAAAACACAGCCCGUAAACUAGAACUGAAAACUAAGAUUAGAUCAUGGCUGAGGAUCCGGUGAACCAGCAGGCGUUUGCUGAAGACGUGGCAGCUGCCGCCGCUGCCGGAGGACCCGCUGGUUUUGCUGGUCCCGAGCCAGGACAUCCCGACUUUAAGAUGCCCAGUCCCGAGGAGAUAUGGAAGCUGGUCGAGGGCAUGGAGGGCAUUUCGGACGAUGAGCGGGCUGAGCUCCGCGAAAACAUUUUUAAUCCGAAGCCACCGUCGCCGGAAGAUUUUAUGCGCCAGUAUGGACAUCCGGGCCACAGUUCCCGGGAAUACCUGGUGUUCUUCGUGAUGCUGGCCCUCAUACUAAUUGUUUUCGCUCUGUUCGGCUAUAAGUUGUACAAAUCGCUGACGGAGAAGGAGCUCAAGAAGCAGGAGAAGCUAAAGAACAAGCAGCAGAAAAAGGCUAAGAAAUCAAAUUAAGCAAGGAUAAGAUGGAGACGAGGAUAUCCUUAACGUAGUGCUUUGCGGCCCUGAGACCUUCCAUCCUGUUAAUCAAUACAAUCGCCCUGUAAAUGACUAAAUCAUAAACCAGUAAACGUAAUAAAAUAAACAGUA